ACAAUGAGCUUCGGUAGUAUCCUAUCUGUACUGUUAUUAUUGUUAUUAUCAUACAUGAAAUGUUGUCCACAAAUCAUCAACAAUUGUCAUCGUAAUAAUCAUCAGACAAUUAUAAAACUAUUAGUGAUUGUAAUUAUUUUAUAUGAUUGCAUAUUAGGCACCUGUAGCCAACAUGCCCGACAGAGUGUGGCUACCAUUCCCGGCGAUCUGGUAAUCGGUGCCCUAUUCCCUGUCCAUCACACACCCGGCCCUAAACAAGCACAGUCGCGUACGUGCGGCGAAGUCAGGGAACAGUAUGGCAUACAUCGGGUUGAGGCAGCCUUCCAGACCAUCGACAGUAUCAACAAAGAUGAAUCAAUAUUACCUAAUAUUACUCUGGGUAUCGAAAUACGGGAUUCCUGUUGGUAUUCGGCCAUUGCAUUGGAACAAAGUAUUGAAUUCAUACGGGACGCUAUGGCGGCCAGCGAUGAAAAAGCGGCCGCAAUGUCCACAUUGUCGUUGUUGGCGGCGGCGGCGCCGGCAAACGCACCGGCAAUUUCGGCUCAUCGGUCGUCGUCGUCGUCGGUGAUCGGCGGACCGAUACACCAGCCGCAGCUGCAGCAGUCGGUUAGCAAACGGUCGCCGUUUACGCCGUUCAGUGUCCCACUACUGUUUCCGACGCUCAAUACCAGUACUACCUGUCCGCGCCCAGCACUGGCCAAACGUGUCAAAAAUAUUGUCGGUGUCAUUGGUCCGGCAUCCAGUACCGUAACCAUUCAGGUGCAAAAUUUGUUGCAAUUAUUUAAUAUACCGCAAAUCGGUUACUCCGCCACCAGUCGCGAUCUCAGCGAUAAGUCAUACUAUAAAUACUUUUUACGUGUCGUUCCCAGCGAUCUAUUACAGGCCCGAGUGAUGGUCGACCUAAUCAAACAUUACAACUGGACCUACAUAUCAGUAGUCUAUACAGAUGGCAACUAUGGCAGCUCAUUGAUGGACGUUUUCAAAGGUCUGGCCCAGGAUGUAGGCAUAUGUAUAGCCUAUAUAGAGUCGGCACCGAGCAGUGGUGAAGACGAACGUUUCGAUGAUAUUAUAAUGAAUUUGGCGCCCUAUAGAAGCGCACGAGUAGUCGCAUGUUUUUGCGAAGGUAUGACCGUUAGGGCACUGUUUAGGGCAACCAAACGGCUGAGAAUGACCCGAGAAUUUCUAUGGAUCGGCAGUGACGGUUGGUCCGAUCGGCCGGACGUUGUCGAGGGUCUGGAAGAGGAGGCAAUGGGCGGCCUAUCCGUACGCAUCUAUUCGACAAACAUACCCGACUUUGAUGACUAUUAUUUUGCAUUGAAUCCCGUCAACAAUUCACGUAAUCCCUGGUUUCGUGAGUUUUGGGAAUCCCGGUUCAACUGUAGCCUACAAAAUCUGACCGGUUCAAGUGUCAGUGCCAUCAAACCGGGCAAUGGUAUCGUCUAUAAUAAACAGUGCACAGGAACCGAGACAUUGGAUGACAAUAAGCACCGGCAGGACACGAAAAUGGGUUUCGUCAAGAAAGCCAUUUGGACGAUGGCCUACGGUCUGCAUAUUAUGCAGAAAAGCCAGUGUCCCAAUACGACUGGCCUCUGUCCGAAUAUGUUACCAGUAAAUGGAUCGGUAUUUCUACAACAUUUGAUGAACGUUAGUUUUCAAUGGGGUAACGAAACGGUUAUGUUUGACGCAAACGGCGAUCCACCCGGAAGGUACGACAUAAUGAACUACCAGCGCAAAGGUAAACACGAGUACGACUACGUGCACGUGGGCUCAUGGAAUAGUGGGGGUGACUUCAAACUAUUUAAGCCAUUUCAGUGGCCAUUUCAUCACAACAUGACUGACCCACCGGAGUCCGUGUGCUCGAAGCCAUGUCCUAAAGGACAGGCAAAGAAUAUUCAAAGUGAUUCAGUAAAGUGUUGUUGGAUUUGUGUGCCGUGUCGUGAAAAUCAAUACCUAAUGGACGAGUAUAUAUGUCAGGCCUGUCCACUCGGGUGGUGGCCUAAUGAUAAUCUUACAGGCUGUUUUCAAAUACCUAUUGACUAUUUACAAUGGGAUACUAAGCCAUCGUUGGUAGCAAUGGCCAUAUCAUGUCUGGGUUUUAUAAUGACAUCGUUCGCAAUGAUUGUAUUCAUCCGACACAACGACACACCGAUAGUAAAGGCAUCGACACGUGAGCUGUCGUAUAUGAUUUUGAUGGGUAUGUUUCUGUGUCACGGAACCACAUUCAUACUGCUGGCCCGACCGACCAAACCUACAUGUUUUGUUGGCCGAGUAUUGCCUGGUUUUAGUUUUGCCAUUAUCUACGGUUCGCUGGUCACCAAAACCAACCGCAUUGCACGGAUACUGGCCGGCAGUAAGAAACGUAUUAUAACGAAAAAACCGCGUUUCAUGUCCGGUACGGCACAGGUAGUCAUUGCUUUGUUGCUCAUAUCGAUUGAAUCGGGUAUUAUUGCUACACUGUUGGUCCGCGAACCGGCCGACAAAAUGCUCGACUAUCCGACUGUAUCGCAGGUACAGCUCAUAUGCAAUACAACACCGUUAGGUAUCGUAGCACCGUUGGGUUUUGAUUUUUUCCUAAUCGCCAUGUGCACUGUCUAUGCCAUCAAAACGCGUAACGUACCCGAAAACUUUAACGAAGCCAAAUUCAUCGGUUUCACCAUGUAUACAACCUUGGUCAUUUGGAUAGCAUUUGUGCCCAUCUAUUUCAAUAGUAAUAUCAACCAAUUCAAAGUGAUAACACUGUGUAUGUGUAUAUCGUUCAGUGCUAUUGUUGCACUGUUACUACUAUUUGUACCCAAAAUCUAUAUAAUGUUAGUCAAACCUGAGAAAAACAAUCGCAGCUAUUUUACUACAGCCAAAAACGUCCGGUGCCAUAUCGGCUAUGUGCCCACUAUGGGUGUGUCCCGGCACUCGUCCCAUUCGACCAGCGAGUUUAGUAUGGAAUCGCCCAGAAAUCACUCGUUGGACGUCCACUUUAAGCGCGACCCGUCGGGAACGGCAGCCUUUCAUCACCAUCAGACACACCCGUCCGGCGUUGAUCGCAAACCGGCCAUCAAACGCAAGUCGGGUCUCAAUCUGUUUGAACGAUUGCGGAUCAGCAAACAGGACAAAAUUGCGGCCAACGUUCAGCAGCACAUACGGGCCAUCAGAGCGGCCGAAGCUUUGGACAGACAGACCGGCGCCAAUCGGCGCAAAAACAGCUCAAAACUAGUACCUCAACGUAGCACCAGUAGUGGCGACGACGAUACAAGCGGUGGCGGCGGUAGUGGUGGCCAGGGAUCCGAUGCCCGUAAGAUGCGUUUGGUGGCAAUGCUGCGGCAAGCUUACGGCCCGGACAUCGAACGGGUGCCCGGUUUUAUCGAGUUCGCCGAAUCGGCCAAAAUUGACUCCAGACGCCAGUUUGUCGACGCCUCGGCCCAGACAUCGUACGAUCUGUUAGAACAAUGGUUUCCGGCUCUUCGGCGACGUAUUGCCGAAACCGAAAAGGAAGCCAACAGUGCCGCCGCCGCAGCCGUCGCCGCCGCCAGUAGUCAUGGUAUGGUUGGCAACAGUGUGUGCGAUGAUGAGGAUGUGUCGUCAUCUGCGGCGGGCAAACACAAGUGUAGUCUACAUAAUAAUAGUAGUAUUAAGUCAUCAAAUUUUAGUCAACAUAAUAAACAUUUAGGUUUGCUAAACCGGUCGUCGCCGCCGACCCGUCGCACAGCAGCUCACAGUGCCGUCAAUCUGGCCUACGAUACGACGGGCACUACGACUACUGCUUCUGCUGUCAGUGUAGGCGAGGAACUGGAGCUCAAAGAACAACAACAACAACAACAUUACCACCAAAAACAGCAUCAAAUUUCGCGAUGCAAAUCGGGAUCACCGACUACUUCGUCAUCGUUUAGAGCCAGUGAUCACCGCAGUCCUGACGACCGUAACGGCAGUGUCCGUACGGAUAGUAUCCGAUCGUCGGGCAGACUAUUUACUACUGGUAGUGCUGGCAGUAGUAGCGGUAGUAGUAAUACCAAUGCUCAUCAAAACAUAUCCGAGUGCCGGCAUCACGUGCCGCGUGCUGUCGGAAAUACUCAACAACAACACCAACAUCAACAACAACAGCGCCAACAAUCGCCGUCACCGGCCAACAACUGCCCGACCAUUGGCCAAAAAUUGGUCAACAAAAACAUGUCCAGCGAUGAGAGCUUAUUGUCCGGCGGUGCCGGCUCUCUGGUCAUUGAAGAGAGCGCCUCAAGCGGUGGCGAAUCGUCGCCCGGCUCCGGGAUCUACAAGAAUAUUAUUAUCAAUUUAAGUGGUCUGACGACCACUGAUACCGGCGGCUCAGCCGAUGAACUAUCAAAAAGUUGUCCCAAAGUUAAUAAUAUUAGCGACACAACUACCGAGUGA